AUGUGUGACAUUCAGGGAGAGGUGGGGCCGCGAUUGGAGGAAAUCGUCGCAGACGUCGCAACAGCGUUUGUCGAAGCCAUCAACCACAGCCGCCCGGCAUCGGGAAGCCUUCAUCGAUCUUUGAAAAUAUCAUUAGCCCAUCUGGUGGCGGAGAUCAAAUCAAUCCAGGUGCUUUAUGCCUUGACCCGCCGAAAGUCUCUCGAAAAGUCGCUUUGCGAGGUAGCUCACUCACUGGAGCGAGUACUGUGCGGCGAUUACAUCAAGUCACGAUACCAGCACUUGCUGGAAGAGGAACAAAAGUCACGGGCCCACACCCUCCCUUUCUUCCUAUCCUACUUCAUCACUAAAACCCAGGAACCCUCCCCGCCCCCAGACAUUCAACAGGCAAACAGCCCAUUUCCUCAUCUUUUCACAUUCCGUGAGCUUUUUCGCCGCUCAGAUGUUCGAUCCCUUGAUCCGGAAGGAUUUCUCGGCCGCGACGAGCGACACCUCCGAGAUCUCAUUUUCUCGGUCAAAAAGUGGAACUCACUGGUGGACGAGUUGUACGAUGUUGACGAUGUAGCGGAUGACUUGGAACAAACCGAUGGGGACUGUCCAAGACCUCCCAUGGUCGAAAUCGUUUUCCGCCGAGAAGACAAUGUUCGGCAUAUGUCGCAGUCACUAUACAAUUCUCUGCACGCCAACUGGCCCUGCCAGUCGGAGCAUCAUAACCAUGACGGCCGUUUAGGUCUUUGCCUGGAGGCAAAAUUCUUCCUGGAUCCCCAGUGGAGCUCCUCAGAGGACCUUCAUGAUAGCCUGUUUAUGCUUUUGACUGGUCCUGGUAUACUUCAAGAGUGUAGAGUCUGUACAAGUGAUUAUGGCGUUGAACAAGGCUCGCCUGCCUGUCUCAUAAUGCACGACGAUCAGUCUCGGGGUGUGUGUUUAUACUUGACCACAGACGACGAAUACCAGCUCUGGGAUAAGCAAAGACUAGCCCGGCCGCUGGAAGUCAUACUGGCGGGAGAAGACUACGUGGAGAUGAGCCUCACUGAGUUGCAGGCUAUUAUCAAGCCAACAUAUGCAGCAAAACGAGUGAUGGGUGUGACGCUCGCUCGGUGCAUGCUCCAUCUAUUCGAGGGUCCGUGGCUCAGUGGCAGCAUGUCUAUCGACGAUAUAUACGUAUACUGCAAAGUACAAAAUUCUCAGCCAUAUCCCUUGUUUGACAAAGUCUUCAUCGCCACAAAGUUCGGCCCCGACGACAAUCAGGCCACUCGAUCGCGCGGUUACAAAAUCCACCCCUUCCCGACAAUCCUUGCCCUUGGCAUUAUGCUUUUGGAAAUCGAACUUGGAGAGGACAUGUUGGAUAUCAAAAGUGAUCCGUUGUAUGCAUCCAAAAAGCACAAACCAUUCUAUGCUGCUCAGCAUCUUCUUAAGGAGUUUCGGAAGCGCUUUAACCUAGAUUCGGGUCUUGUCAGUGCUGUCACAUUCUGUAUUGAUCGAGCCUCCCUUUCCCAAUUUGACACGUUGGAUUCCGAGGCUCUUCUUUCAAAUCAGCAAUUCAUCGACACCUACUACAAAAAAAUUGUGCGCCCACUGGAGCAAGAUCUUGUGAAAGGAGCACAUUGGACCUGGGGUCAAGUUGAACAACUACAAUCUCCUAGCUUUGCGGAUGCUGGCAUCUGUAAAGUCUUCACGAAAGGGGCUGUGGAGGUUCCUCAUGUCAGCCUAGGUCAACAUGGCGACCAGAUUGGCUUGAAGAACGCAGCGUUGAAAUCAACGGCUGUUGGUCCUAAGCAUCAUAAUCAAAAUGGGUUACAGAAGGCUCCCCGGCCGCGAAUGUCUCAUGGAAACCUUCCCAUGCCCAGUUUGGAAGAAACUGCUGUGAUGUCGUACAAACCAAUACGUUCCUCUGAUGCAGACACAACCUUGGAAGACUCGUCUCACUGUCGACCCGCGGCUUGUUCUAAUAAACCACAAAACCGUCCGCAACAGCCUCGCACACGUCAUGAUUUUACUGUUGCCAUUAUAUGCGCACUCCGAAUAGAGGCCAACGCCAUCGAAGCCAUCUUUGAGAAAUACUGGGAAGACGACAAUGGUGUUUAUACAUAUGGGAAACAGCCCAACGACCCAAAUUCAUAUACGGCAGGAUUGAUAGGAAACCACAAUGUGGUUCUCGCACACCAGCCUCGAAUGGGGAAGGCUACUGCAGCAAAUGUUGCAGCCGCAUGCUCGAUGAGCUUCCCCAACAUCAAACUAGCUCUCAUAGUUGGAGUAUGUGGUGGAGUUCCACUCCCUGGUGGAAACACUGAGAUUCUACUUGGAGACGUCGUCAUCAGCAAAGGCAUAGUCCAGUAUGAUUUCGGCAGGCAAUACCCGGGCCAAUUUCGACGUAAAUCCGCCUAUGAUGAUCAACCAGGACGACCAGAUCCCCGAAUAUCAUCAUUGCUUGCUCGUCUGGAAACUAACAAGCAUCGAGCUAAUUUGCAAGAUCAAAUAGCCAAGGACCUCAAUGAGCGAGAGCACAACUCCGACCCACGAGACAGAAUACUCUAUCCGGGGCCAGCAGAAGACAAGUUGUUUGAUGCGUCAUACAUUCACAGACAUCAUACCAUCUCCGCCAGCUGUCGAGAAUGUGCUGAUGAGAUAUGCGACAAGGCUAUCGAUUCCACCUGCGAUCAACUUGGAUGCGAUCAGCGAAGAUUGGUUCAACGAUCCCGUCACAACCGCCACAAUCAACCUGCCAUACACUUUGGUCUGAUUGCCUCGGGGGAUACGGUGUUGAAGUCCGGGGCAGACCGUGACAAGAUUUCAAGGGAGACCAAGGCGAUAGCCUUCGAGAUGGAGGGGUCCGGCGCAUGGGAGACCAUCCCUUGUAUCAUUGUCAAGGGUGUCUGUGAUUACGCAGACAGUCAUAAGAACAAGCUGUGGCAGGAUUAUGCAGCCAUGACUGCGGCCGCUUCUGCCAAGGCUUUCCUCAGGCACUGGACGGUAAAUUCUAGUCCAGAUCUCUGUUUUAAUUAG